AUGAUGAUAAUGAUGAUGAUGAUUAGGUUUGUAUGGUUUUGGUCUACAGCCCAUCCUGUGGUCUCCAUCAAAUACCCACUCAAUCCAAAAUCGUGCAGUGUAUAUCGGUAUGUUGUGUUGAUGGGAAGGUCUGGCUAAUGUUUUUUUUUUUUUUUUUUGCCAUGUGCAUUCUAGUAAAAAAAAAAAAUCUGAAUUGAAUGUUGGGGUUUAGACAGCAGAAUACGUUAGAGAGGGGGAAAGACUUAUAUUCAUGCACAGCUGAAAGGGUGCAGCAUUCUGUCGGGGCGUGCAGUCUGAAAAUGGCAAAUCAGAAAAAGAGCAGUGUGCAGCCAUUAUAAGGGUCAUCAAGACAGCCAUCAUCAUCAAGGACACCAUUACAGGAAGGCAUUUAUACAUCAUCAUCAUCAUCAUCAUCUCCUCCUCUCUGCGCCUUUCUCAUCAUCAUCAUCAUCAUCAUCAUCAUCAUCAUCAUCAUCAACCCCUCAUCAUGAUCAGCACAGCCAUUAUAGUCAUCAUCAUUAUCAUUAGGCUGGGUAAUCAUCCACCGAGGGUUUCUUGCAAGCCCAAUAUAAAGGCCGACUCAGGAUCUCACACUCAUUUCCUCUGUGUGUGAGGAGUGAGCUUCAUGACGGAAAGAAAGCGAGAGAGAGGGCCAUGUUAUAGGCAGGCAGCAUUUUCUGUGCUUCCAGUAUUCCAGUAUAUGUUUUGGGAUCCUACAAAGAUCUUUUAUCUGUCUAAUAUCAGUCUGCCUAGUUUUCAACUGGGUGACGAAGAGAGCUCCUCCUUCAGCCACCUCAGCAUGGAGAGCGACACCCCCGACCUCCGUACCGCACAGAACGAGCGAGAGGGCACAAGAUCCGAGGCUGCCUUUCCCCUCUACGUCUCCUGCAGGGGCUGCGAUCAGCUCCUAGAUGAGGAUGAGCACUUGUGCCUGCGCUGCUCCAAACGCGAUGGAACCAGCAUUGGAGACAGGAGUGUCCAUGUAGGAGCACCUUCGUUGCUCAAAGGGGCAGACGGAGACGGAGCAGGACCUGAGAAUGGCCAGCAGAAGCUGAACUCUUGUCCUCUGUGUGGCUUUUCGUCACGCUACACCAACCACGUAAAAAGGCACAUGAAGACUCACAACGGCGAGAAGCCGUACCGCUGCUCCCUCUGCUCCUACGCCUCCGCACAGCUGGUCAACCUGCAGCGCCACUUGCGCAUCCACACCGGAGAAAAACCCUACAAGUGUGAGCACUGCACGUUCGCCUGCAGUUCCCUGGGCAACCUGAAGAGGCACCAACGCAUGCACACCAUCCCAAAUCCUGCUCAGAAUGCACAACAGCGAAUGCACACUGCUAUCAGUCCAGGCCAGAAUACACACCCGAGUAUCCACACGGUCACAAAUCCUGCACAGAAUACGCAGCGCAUGAUGAGCAGCCUCAGCCUCAGCCUUCGAGCUCCUGUUGGAUGCCAGAGCCUAAAGGAGGAAGUGCCCCGUGCCUCCAGGGAAGUGCUUCAGUCCUCAGAAAUGAAAGGGAAUAUGAGCAUUGGCAGUGACAGCGGAUAUCUGAAGGCUUUUGCGAGGCUGAAAUCGGAGCAGCAGUCAUGUCCCCGGGCACAACCUGGCGUUCUGCCUCCUCUGCUCUUCCCUUUCACAUGCAGGCUGUGUGGCCUGGUACUGGAUGGUGAGGACGGCUCUUCAGCGCAGAUCUGUGCCAAGUGCACCCUGGAAAUGCUGACUAAAGACGCAGCAGGCAGUGGAAGCGAGCGGGGGCACCGAGGGGACAGGGUGUACACCUGUGCCGCAUGCCCUUUCCUCACACACUACCCCAACCACCUGGCACGGCAUAUGAAGACGCACAGCGGCGAGAAGCCCUAUAAGUGCCCUCAGUGCCCAUACGCUUCAGCCCACUUCGACAACCUGAAGCGGCACCACCGCGUGCACACGGGCGAAAAACCCUACAAGUGCCACCUGUGCGACUACGCCUGCGGCAACCUGGCGAACCUAAAGCGGCAUCAGCGCGUUCACUCGGGUGCCAAACCUUUCCAGUGCAGCGUGUGCAGCUACAGCUGCAACCAGAGCAUGAACCUGAAGAGGCACAUGCUGCGUCACACAGGCGAGAAGCCACACAAGUGCAACACGUGCACGUACACCACAGGCCACUGGGACAACUACAAGCGACACCAGAAGAAACACGUAUCGGGAGCAGACGAGUGGGAUAAAGUGCCACUGCCUUCUAACGAGGAAGAGGCCGAGCUUGACGAGGAGGAUGAGGAGUAGUUGCUUAGAAACAUUUGUAGUGCGAUCAGUUUAUUUAAAAUCGAGAUGGAGUGUUACAGUACCAGCAUAAGCUUAGUUCUGUUUUGUGUGUCAUUUAUUUCUUAUAGAGGUUCAUGCUGCUAAAGACGUGCACAAGAUUGAAGAAAAAAAAAAACUUUAUUACUUUUGUGUAUAAAGACUCUGGAUCAGAGUGCCCUUGCUUCGUCAGUGCCAUACAGACAUUUUCUAAUGCUACCUAGGUGAAAUCCAAUUUCUCCAUUGUAUAUCUUGCACGGAUGUUCGUCGAUCUGCAGUGCCACUGAGCCGUGUGUCCUUACUGGCUGAACCUUCUGUGGUUUCACUGAGGCCUUUGCUGCUCAAAGAAAAAAAAAAAACCCUGACAGACCCCUCACUACAUCCCUUUACAGUGCCAACACUGAGUUUCAACCACUGCAGCUACUGCAACUUCAAAAACGUCAUUCGUUGCUCCUUUGGUUGUAUGUCUUUUAACUGUGAAACGUCGUCUCUGAUUGUUUAAAUAGUGCAUAGUAAACAUUAGAAUGUCCUGAGUUACGUCAAGCACUUAUUUUCUUUGUGUUUUUCGUCCGUUAAAUAGAAUGUUCGGCAUGCAUUCGCCACGAGCGGCAUUAACGUAAAAGAAAAAAAAGGGGGACCAUGAAUUCCAUAUGCAGUUUCUAACCUUCAGGUUGCCAAGAAAUGAUCGAGAUGGAUUCCUUUCGAUGUGUGGUGCUUUAAGUGCUCUCUUGUAAUUAUGCAGUCGUUUCAUAAUUGCCUUAAAUAUCCUGGAAUAAAGUACUCUGUGGUGA